AUGGCCGCAAUGCACCGCCCCGAGCCGCUAAAUCCCGCCGCGCGCCGCCAGCGCCUCGUUGUGAUCCUCCUCGGCGCCUUCUUCGUCUUCCAGCUCGUCCUCCUCGUCGCCUACCGCUCCGCGCCCCCCUCCGUGCGCGUCCCGACCGCCGCCGCUUCUUCCGUUUCAGUACAGGCGCCGCCGCGCCCCGCUUCCGCUUCUUCCGUGUCCGUGAAGGAGCCGCCGCGCCCCGCCGCGGACGACUCCGGCUGCGACGGGGGGCUCGUGUACGUCUACGACCUGCCCGCCGUCUUCAACGAGGAUCUGCUCUCCAUGUGCGAAACGCUCAUGCCGAUGUACUCGAUCUGCCCCUACCUCGCCAACGACGGGCGCGGGCUCCCGGCGGAAGGGACCAGCCUGUCGUCCAUCCUGCCGCCCGAGCUGCUCGGCUCCUGGUACUCCUCCGACCAGUUCGCGCUCGAGCUCAUCGUCCACCGCCGCCUGCUCUCGCACCGGUGCCGCACGGCCGACCCGGCGCGCGCCGCCGCGUUCUUCGUGCCCUUCUACGCGGGUCUGGCCGUCGGGCGCCACCUGUGGUCCGCGAACGCCACCGACGCCGACCGGGACAGCGACUGCGUCGCGCUUCUCUCCUGGCUCCACGCCCAGCCCUACUACAAGCGCUCCAAUGGCUGGGACCACUUCCUCGCGCUGGGCCGCAUUACCUGGGACUUCCGCCGCGGGCCGAGCGGCGGGUGGGGCGGCAGCUUCCUCGCCAUGCCCGGCGUCGCCAACGUCACCCGCCUCGUCAUCGAGCGCGAGCCCUGGGACGACAUGGACGUCGGCAUACCGUACCCGACCGGCUUCCACCCGCGCACCGCCGCCGACGCGCGCGCGUGGCAGCGGCACGUCGCGUCCGUCGCGCGCCCGAGGCUCUUCGCCUUCGCCGGCGCGCCGCGCUCGGCCAUCAAAGGGGACUUCCGGGGCUUGCUGCUCGAGGAGUGCCAGGCCGCGGGGCCAGCGUGCGAAGCGCUGGACUGCGCCGACGGCAAGUGCAUCAAGAACAACGCGCUCGUCCUCGACCUGUUCAUGGGCGCGCGCUUCUGCCUGCAGCCGCGCGGGGACAGCUUCACGCGCCGCUCGCUCUUCGACUGCAUGGUGGCCGGGGCCGUGCCGGUGCUCUUCUGGCAGCGCAGCGCCUACAUCCAGUACAAGUGGUACCUGCCGGUAGACCACGGCCAAGUCGGGGAGUGGUCCGUCUUCAUUGAUCGCGACGAGCUGCGCGCCGGCAAUGUCACCUUACGCGGCGUGCUGGCGGCCAUUCCCGAGGCGCGGGUGCGGCGGAUGAGGGAGCGCGUGGUGAAGAUGAUACCGAGGUUGGUCUACUCCGCCGCCGACAAGGAUGGGCUCGGCGGUGGCAUGAAGGACGCCCUGGACGUCAUGGUCGACGGCAUGCUGCGGCGGGUCGCCGAGCGGCAACGGAGUAGGAGGACGUAAUUUGGUCACCGGCGGAGAGGAUCAAACUGUCAUAUUGAUCAUUCUUUUUUGUUUCCUUUUUCUGAUGAUUCGUUGUGUGAAGAGCUAAAAUUAAACAACAGCUACUUGUAAUCUUACUUUUAACCGUGGUUGUAGAUGUCAAUUACAUCACCACAUAGGGAAUGAACAGAAUCUAAGCAAGUGUAUGAAACUGUGUAUUCUGAAUAC